AUGGAGCCUGGGGGUGCGGAGCCUGGGGGUGCUGAGCCUGGGGGUACUGAGCCUGAGGGUGCGGAGCUUGAGGGUGUGGAGCCUGGUGGUGCUGAGCCUGAGUGUGAGGGGUCUGGGGGUGCUGAUCUUGGUGGUACUGACGCUGGAGGUUCUGGAGCUACUGAGGGUGCUGGCGCUGGAGGUUCGGGAGCUGCUGGAGGGCCUAGUACUGGUGGCGCUGGAGCUGGAGGUUCUGGAGCUGCUGAGGGUGCUCGCGCUGGAGGUUCUGGAGCCGCUGGAGGUACUGGUGCUGAGGGUACUGACACCGGAGGUUCUGGAGCCGUUGGGGGUGCGGGCGCUGAGGGUUCUGAGUCUGCUGUUGCGCGGUCUCCUUGGAGUAGCCGCCUUCGUCCACGUGUGCCUCUCACCCCACAGCAGCUGCAGGACUGGUACGGUCGCCGUCAGCGUCGCGCUGCUGGAGCUAGGAGUGGUGCUGGUCCUUUGUCUACUGGAGGUGCUGGAGUCGCUGGUUCUGGAGGUGCUCGUACUGGAGACACUGAGGCUGGAGACCCUGGGACUGGAGGUGCUGGUUCUGGGGGUGCUGCUGCUGGAGACACUGAGGCUGGAGACCCUGGGACUGGAGGUGCUGGUUCUGGGGGUGCUGCUGCUGGAGACACAGAGGUUGGAGACCCUGGGACUGGAGGUGUCGGCUCUGGGACUGGAGCUUCUGGAGCUGCUGGAGGUACUGGAGCUGCUGGAGGUACUGGAGCUGCUGGAGGCACUGGAGCUGCUGGAGCUGCCGGUACUGGUGCAGCUGCGCCGACACGCCUGUUCUUCGCUCCGCCAUCUCCGUCGUCUCUGCCGCCGUCUGACUCUGUUCUUCGUCAGGUUCUUACUCUCCCGUCGUCUACUGGUCUUCCGUUACAGCCUGGCUCACCGCUGCCUGCUCCUUCUCCUUACACUGACCCGUGCACCUGGCUCGAGUCUGUACACACUGACCACUGA